GAAAGACUCGCAAUUCCCAUCGCACAAUCAAGUAUAAAAGAACCAAGAGACAAUUUCAACAUCAUUGCGUGUAGUAGUCCUCAAUACCCAAGAACUGCAUUCAAAUCGCACAACGCUCCAAUCGAGCAAUAUGGCAAGCAAAGUAUUGAAAGCUUCAAUGUCAACCAAGACAGCCCCAAUCGCCAUCAUCGGUGCUGGUCCAUGCGGCCUUACACUAGCCCGACUACUCGAGCGUCAAAAGGUCGACUACGUAGUCUACGAACGAGAUGAGAGCGCUACAUCAGCCAACGCCGGUGGCUCGCUGGAUAUUCACGAGGCGACUGGUCAAGCGGCACUUCGGAAGGCGGGUCUGUGGGGUGCGUUUCGCAAAGAAGCCAGAUGGGAAGACGACAGGUUCACGGUAUACGACAAAUUUGGAAAGCAACAUCUCGACAUCAAAAGCAAUGGCGGAGUUGAUGAGGCAGGACGGCCCGAGAUAGAUCGCAAAGCGUUGCGACAAAUCCUUCUGGACUCCGUACCGCAAGAGAAGAUCCGAUGGGGAAGCACAUUAAAAGCUGUCACAAUGCAUAAGGCUGGCUCACCGGCCCUCGAGUUCACCUCCGGUGCGACUGCGGAAGGGUUUAAGCUUGUGGUUGGCACUGACGGCGCUUGGAGCAAGGUUCGCUCGAUGAUUACACAAGCCAAGCCUGAGUACUCCGGCAGAACGUACGUGGAAGCCCAAAUCACGGAAGAAAACCCGCUGUUCAAGUCAGUCUUGGACAAGUUUGGGCAUGGAACUGCAUCUUUACUGGCGGGAGCAAGCCAAAUGAUCGUACAGCGGCAGGGAAACGGAUGGUACAGGGUGUACUUCGGGAUUCAAGCUCCCGAGCACUACGUUGCUAGAGAGCUCGACUCAGCAAGCGUUGAUGCUUUGCGAAAGUCACUGCUAUCCGACUUCUACAGCGACUGGGCGGAGGAGCCGAAAGACUACAUCCGACGAGCCGACCACUUUCGCAGUUGGCCGUUGUAUCACCUCCCUGUUGAAAGUCAGAACUGGACGACGGUGCCAGGUCUGGCCCUGGCUGGGGAUGCAGCUCACUUGGCACUCCCCAAUGGUGAAGGCGUCAACUGUGCUAUGUGGGAUGCGAUGGAGCUGGCUAAAAGCAUUGAGACCUAUGGCCUCGACAAGCUCGAUGAUGCGGUUCGCGAAUAUGAGAAGGAUCUCUUGGUGCGGGGCAAAGCUCACAUCGAAGACGGCAUACAGCUUGGGAAUCUGAUGUCUCAUGAGACUGGACCGGCCGCUUUGGUGAAGGCUUUCCAGGAGAAUAACUUCUAA